AUGGCCGACCAAGACAAUAUCUUCCUUCCCUCACUCAAGGAGCUGAGAGAGCUCAAUGCCAAUGCAAUUUGUCCCGAGGUCGCUUGGAUAUGGGGUCCGAACGACGAGGUUGGCCGGCUAAAUCUUCUGACUGAGAAGCUUAUCAGUAAAGUAGUCAAAGAAGAAGUUCAGAGUGGAUGCGUUGUUUCGCUCAACUGGAACAUGGAGCUUCCUGCUCACCCAAACUUCGAUCGUUCACCAUGCAAGUUCAAGAUUCUGCCAAAUCCCUCCAGUGAUUGUAUAUUCGAUGACACACUUGAGAUGAACAUCCAAUCUGGAAGUCAGUGGGAUGGGUUUCGACAUUUCGGCCAUCUUACCCACGGAUUUCUCUACAAUAACCUGAGUCCGAAGGAUGUGAUGCUCACGAAUCGGUGUGGGAUGCAUGUUAUUUCCCGUCGCGGCAUAGUAGGUCGCGGCGUGUUUCUCGACUAUUAUCGCUAUUCGCAAAAGUUCAACAAACCGUACGAUCCAUUGACCAGCCACGCGAUUACCUUGAAUGAGCUUCUGUCCUGCGCGAACUAUCAAGGCACCCGAUUUCAGAAGGGAGAUAUCUUGAUCAUCCGAAGUGGUUACGUGUCGCGAUACCAUCAGCUGCAGAAGUCGGACCCGGCCAAACUUAAGAGGUCUGCCGCCUCCAUUCCUACAUUGGCUGGAGUCGAGCAGUCGGAAGAAAUGAAGACGUGGCUCCACGACUCUUAUUUUGCUGCAGUUGCAGGCGACGCUCCCUCCUUUGAAGUAUGGCCAUCUUCCCAAAGCUGGUAUCUGCAUGAGUAUCUCCUUGCUUGCUGGGGAGUUAUGAUCGGCGAGAUGUUUGACCUAGAGGUAAAAUUGCACCUCCGUCCAUUAUUCUCUUUAUGA